AGGUUGCUCUUCACGCGCAAAGAUUGAAUCUUGACGUUGAGUCGGGUGUUUUUUCCCUUGCCGAGCAUGUCUUGUGAUAGUCUGUUGGGUCUUGAAGAUGCCAUGGAUAUGUUUCUGCAGUCAGUGGACUUGUCUAACGAUAUUGAUAUGGGUGAAUUCGACUUUGCAUUAAAAGCUUCAGAGCUCCUCGAAAACUCAGACAGUGAUAGUGGAAUAAGCGUUGCAGGGGAAAAGCAACCAAUAAACCAAGAAACUAAUGUACGACCCAACGACACUGGUACUGAUUAUGUUCUGACUGAUGUUGUCGAUGCUACAACACGUGUGUCCGACAUUUUGCAUGCAAAUGACAAACGUUGCGGGGUUCAGGUGAAUGGUUUGUCAAAGAGCAUACUUAUCAAUAAACCGGGCUCUAACUCUACUAUUCCUAAAUUUAAAAGGAUUAUUAUCAACUCUGUUGGUGAAAAACGUCUACUACACAGCUCUUUGGUAAAGCCAUACUUUUCAGCUUUCUAUCCUCAGAGCGUAAAUUCUGGUGUUGGUCACAAUUUGGCUGUACCAAAUGUAUUGCAGCCGUCGGAACAUUCUGGUGUCACAGUAAAAACUGUGCCUUCUAGUGUUACUCCGUCGUUUGAGUCCUCAAACACAUCUCCGGGAUCUUCUGUGAAUUCACCUACCAAAUCAAGCAUGGAUUGCCGUUGUAAGUUCUAUGCAGGACAUGGAUAAAUAUUUUGCCUAGACAUUUAGGGCGAUAAUAUUGUUUUAUACAAAGAAUGCUUUAAAAACAUCUAAAACAAGUCACUUAUAAUUUAAAGGUGCCUUUGAUUUCUAAGGUCACAAUUCAAACCCCCUAAGUAACUAAGAGCAAGUUUUAAUGAAAUUAACUCACCAUUUUAUGGGCGAAUUACAUCUUGUUUGAUACAUGACGUGUUUUAACAAACAAUAUGGAUCUUGUGAACCCAUACUGGUGCUUAUGAAAUACCAAAAAGUUAAACCUGGUAAAGAGUUUCAGAGGGACUGAUCGAUCUCAGUUUCCCCCAAUGCAUAUAUAUAUAUAUAUAUAUAUAUAUAUAUAUAUAUAUAUACACUGAAUAAAAUGUCCUUAACAAGCCAUUUUACUUUUAAAUAAGAAAUAAACAAUAUCUCAUACCCCCCACUCGAUAAGCUGUAAGAAAUUUAGUUAAUGUGUAUUUGGUUCGAGUCCAAUUAUAUCCGUUGUUUUCUGUCCUAAGUCCUAUUUAGUCGUCUGGUAUUCAUGUAACUGAAGAUGUAGGGUUACUGAUUCACAUACUUUCCAUUGUAAAAGGAUUGAUCCACCUAGAAUGUACAACGAAUAAAAUCAGUAAGUGGUCAACACUAUCUCAAAACCUUGAGAGCAGCAGAGUGAAAUCCCACCUACAAGACACGAAAUUUAUGUACAUUUGAAUGCUGAUCAGUGCAUAUGUAUUCAAAAAUCCUAUAAAGUGAAUACUCCAAUAUGUUCUUUUUCUUUGGAUUUGCCCUUAAGCUCCAGUUAGUCAGUCAGUCACAACGCAGAGCCUGUACUUAUGUACAUGCCCCCAAAUGCCCUGGUACGGCCGAGAGUGGGGAGAGUCCGCUCUCCCUCUCGAAAUGCUCUCACAUGGCCACGCGUAUAUAGCCUCUGCCAGGGAAGUCCUACUCACUGCCUUCUCGUGGCGGGUUGUUUACGAAAAUGAGAGGAUGAAAAGCUAAUGUCCGGCGCUUUAACCGGAGUCCAAACCAAUAGUGCACACAGGCUCCAGUAUCCUGCGGGAACAAAUGGCGUAUGAACCAAUUGUUGGUCACUGGCUUCCAUGGGACUGCAUCUCCUCACGAUGCCCCACUGCCUUGUGGGUUAGACCUUUAGGUCAAAGGUUCGGGGUGUGGCCCCCCUAUGGAAACCACCUGGUUCGGUUUCGGCACCCGGGCAGUAUCACAGCCCACACACAUAUCGGAUGAGAUUUGUGUGGCGCAUAUGUAUUUGGUGCCUCUUUGUACCAAUAUCUCUGUGUUGAAAUAAAUAAACUUAUGUACAUCGGUUCAAUUCGCCGUAAACCAUUAGUACACCGAGAUGAAAUGGUCAGGUCGAAUCCCAGAAUAGUAGAGGUAGUAACAGUAUCAAUGGUAUUUGGAAACAUUCGGUAUCGAAGAAACAACUCGAAAAUAUAACUUAGUGAAAUAAGAACAAAUAAGGUUCUGAGGAAUUUAGAAUCUUACAAUUAAGGUGGACGGAAAAUGGAUCCACUUGCGCCAUUGCAAGCGACUUUGAGCCAUGUCAUUUAAAGUUUCUAUCCAUUAGUUGCGAUAAUUACGCGGACUCCAGCAAGGUUGUUUGUGCCUACUAACGUAUCGAAAUCCAACUGUCAGUGGCUUCGUAGACUGAUGCCUUGGUUUGGCCACUCCUAGUUGAGCUCCAACUAAAUAUCAGGUUACAAUGCAAGUUAAGACUAUUGAAAUAAUACCAUUACAAUAUUCUCCAGUGGUUACUACUAGAAGAUUUCUGUCUUUACCACCCCAAGCAUGUAAUUUUUAACUGUUACGUUACACUCCCAAGACCAACUUCAUUUGGAAGCCAGUGACCAACAAUUGGUUCGUACGCCAUUUGUUCCCGCAGGAUACUGGAGCCAUACCAGGGCAUUUGGGGGUAUUAAUGUUUAACUUCAGUCAAAUCACGAUUCUGCCCAACCCUUAUUCAUUACCUGCGGUUAUUAAAUAUCUUACACCCGGCACGGUUAAACGUCACUGUUCACCUCUCCGCACUAGAACUCCUCGAUUUUCAUUCCGAAGCUGGCUGGUUGUUCUAGAGGUUUAUCGUUCACACACAAGACCACAGGUCCUGGGCUGGGAUCCCAGAUACGUGGUUGUAGAUGCGAACUGCUUAGGAGUCCCAUGUCACGACGAAAUGGCUGUUCAUUGCUUUCAAUAACUCAGUAGUAGUCUGGUUAUAACCAGUUCAUGAUUUAAACUGAAAAUUUUAUAAUUUUCACAAAUGGCCUAAACGCAAUUUUGUCAAGUCCACUUACUUUUGCGUUAUGUUAUUGUGAGUCAGUUAAAGAGGGAACCUAAACAUCAUAUGGAUAUUUUACAAGAUGUCUCUGUCGGAAAUCAGGCAAUGCAUACGUAGUUGGAAUGGUUAUUUAACCCCGUCCUUAAGGUUUUCUAUUUCCUAGACGACUAGCUACGCUAUUCUGUUUAAAAUACUUAACAUGUACUAUUAUCUUUUCUUAUAAGCAUUAGACGAGUUUUUUUCCGCAGUAAAUGAGGUAACUGAAACUUAUGAAUACUGUAGGAACGCGACUCCUUCAGAUCCUUCACUAUGGCAGCAUUCAAAAAAUAUCCCGAGCACAUCAUAUCCUGAUUCUGUUUUCGGGAGUAGUUCUCAAUUCUCACCAACGUCAUUUCUUGAUGUGCAAGAUUUUUCGGGACCUAACGAAUCCAUCAUAACACAGACCGACUUGGAACGCAUACGUAAAAAGCAAGAAAGAAUGGUGAAAAAUAGACAAGCAGCAUGUCUAAGCCGGUUACGUAAGAAGGAGUACCUAGAAAGGUUAGAAAUGAAGUUCGAGCAGCUAAAACGUGAAAACCUUUUACUUUGGCGCCAGAAUGAAGAGUGGCGUGCACGAUGUUUCCGUUUGGAACGUUGUAUUGAAGAUUUACAGUCACGGCUUCCAAGCUCUAUAAAUUCAGAAAACCUAACUGUUAAAUCUCAGUCGUUUGACGUAAGUUCAGACGAGACGACAAAUAUUUCUUCACACCUUGACAAACAAAUUACUCCUCGAGAGGCUUGUUGCAAAACAGUUUCUGUGCACACAUUAGCACCACUCAAUGAAGUCACUGUUGGUUUCAAAUCAGAUACUCCACUUAGUCGUCUUCCAAGGUUGUCUGAUCUUGGAAAAAGCAAGACAGUUUCAAUUCAGCAUUUAAAAAAUUGCCAAAACGUAGCUCCCACUCAAAAAACGACCUACUUUACGAGUGUAAAUUCCCCAAGAACGUUCAAAUGGGAUAGUUCUUCAAAGAAAUUGUUACUUACAAGUAAAGUUGAUGUUGAAUCGCAUUCACAGUCUCUAUCACAUCAGUCUCAACUCAAAUCAAUUACUAAAACCUUGAUUUCUCAGCGAAUCGUUCCUACCGUCAGUCAUCGAUCUAAAGUAAUUGCUACCACAAGUUUAUUGGUUAUGUGCGGUCUGUUAGCCGUGAAUAUAGUUCCUUUAUCAGAUUUAUAUUCUGGAUUAGGAUUCGUAUCUUCACAUAGCAUGUCUUAUGAUGGUGGCUCCCUUGCUGCUGGAAAAUUUGCUUUUGGUUAUCCCGGGCUAUGGUCAUCUGUGCCACAUUUUCCAACUGGGCGACGUCUUUUAUUAAAUAUUCCACCUACACAAGAAGAUGUUUUAACAAGUGAUAAUUCACUGCAGAACGCCUCAAAUAAUGAAUUUCUAUUUUCUGGAAAAUUUCCAACUAACCAUUCUACUAACAACUGUGGUCCUAAUAAAAACAUGAGUUGCGCAGAGAAUUCCUUACUUACGGAUUCCAGACAAAUUUUUCAAGGUUGGAUUAAAAGGCAUGCUGUAUCUACCAGUAAUCAGUCCCGUGUAUACAGGUUACUACUCACAUCAUCUCUUCAUAGUCUAAACGCGUUUGAACACCGACAACAUAUAGUCAGUUCAUCAAAACUUUCACAACAAAAUGUAUUACAUACUCAAAAACCUGCUUUCUUACCUAUGAAACAUUUAAAUAAUUCAUCUUCCAAAUCGAUUUCGCCAUCAAGAAAUGAGUCAUUAGAACGCUUUUUGGCUAGGAAAAUUAACGGUUCUAUUCUGAAUGUUACAACUGAAUCAUUACCGCCCAACUUUCCUCCACCUCAUCGUCCUCCAAUAUUGAAAAAAUAUGAUUUGCAGCCUUACAUUCAUCCUGCUGUUCACGCGUUUGAAAAAUUAUUUAAUAUAGUUAAUCGUCGCAAUGAUACAGCAUACAUUGUUUUUUUAAACCGGGAUCAUUUCCUCCUGCCUUCAGUUGAUCCAUUACCUGCAAAUAUGAAACAGAAAAUAACGUUUCUACUUCCAGCUCAUUCUGUGAUCAACGGAUCGUCUGUUGAUGGUGAAGAUAAUUAUUAUAAUAGUUCAGAUUCCAUUUUAACUGUGCUGCAAUUAGAUUGUGAAAUAACGAAUGCUACAUUAUUACAAUCACCUGUAUAUAAUUCUCAUGAAAAACGCUCACCUAAUAACCAUUAAUCAAUUAUUUAUUUAACUCCUUUUUUUGAAUCCAUCUUUUUCUGCUUUCAUUUAUAUUCGUAAUGAUUAUUUUGUAUAUUUUUUCCUUCAGUGUUUUCAUUGUAAACUAUUCAACGUGUUCAUUGUUAAAAAUUUCAUAUCUCAUUUCACUGAAUAAAAAAGUUGGUUGUUUUUUUUCUUUUCGUUUUACCAUAACGUUACUUACAUUUCAAUGAUCCUAAUUUAUGUUAUUAUAGUCUGUGUCCAUUUAUUUAUGAUCAAUUAUAUUGUUCUGUUUUACUUCUUGUAUUAUUGUUUCUUUCCUCCUCCUUGUCAUGAUCAAUUUUCUGUGUUUUUUCUUUUUUUCUAAAAUGUUUAUUUAUAAUAAAAACCAUUUUCCUUUAAGAACACAACCAUAAUAAUAAGCACUCAAUUCAUCUUCAAUUUAUUCAUACUGUUUAACAUAUUUUUCUUUGUCAUUUUUAACUAAUAUAUGUUAGUUAAUUGAGUGCAAUGAAAAAAAUUGAGAAAAAAAAAGUUUGCUAAUAUUAUUUAUUUUUUAAGUUAAUAUGUAGUAGUAUGUAAACACUAAACUAUUGUGUCAUUUUAAAUAAUAAAUUAUUAUUUCGUAUUGUA